AUGGAUACCAACCCAAUUGAUACUCUUCGCCUUCCAAACACCAAGUUGUUCAUCAAUGGCAAGUGGGUAGACCCAGUCGUCCCAAAGACAUUCGUCACUGUCAACCCUGCCACCGAGAAGGCCAUCUGUGAGGUGUCCGAAGGUUCAUCACAAGAUGUUGAUUUGGCUGUUGUCGCUGCCAGAGAGGCAUUUGAGAAUGGUCCAUGGGGCAAGAUGACUGCCACACAGCGUGCCAAACUACUCUUCAAGUUGGCCGACCUUAUUGAGCAGAACAAGGAGUGGUUGGCAACAUUGGAGACCACUGACAAUGGCAAGCCAUACGCCAAUGCACUUGGUUUUGAUGUUGCUCAAGGUGCCGAGACCAUCAGAUACUUUGCUGGUUGGGCCGACAAGGUCCAGGGCAAGCUGAUCCAGGCUGCCGAGCAGAGACUCACCGUCUACACACGCCACGAGGCUGUCGGAGUUGCUGGUUUCAUCACUCCAUGGAACUUCCCAUUCCUGAUCAUGUGCUGGAAGCUCGGACCAGCUCUCGCUGCUGGUUGCACUGUUGUCGCCAAGCAGAGUGAGAUCACUCCACUGUCUGCACUUGCCCUCUGCCACUUGAUCGAGGAGGCUGGCAUCCCCGCCGGUGUCUUCAACUUGGUGAGCGGAUACGGUAGCACCGUCGGAGACGCCAUCUCGCGUCACCCCGACAUUGACAAGAUCUCAUUCACUGGUUCCACAAGAGUUGGCCGUCUGAUCAUGGAGGCGAGCGGAAAGAGCAACCUGAAGAAGGUCACCCUUGAGCUGGGAGGCAAGAGCCCAAACAUUGUCUUUGACGAUGCUGAUCUGGAGCAAUGCGUCACUGGCGCCAUCAACGCCAUGUACAUUAACAUGGGCCAGUGCUGCUGUGCUGGUUCCCGUCUGUUUGUCCAAGAGGGCAUCUAUGACAAAUUUGUCGAGAAGUUCACCGAGGCCGCCAAGGCACUCAAGGUCGGUGAUCCAUUCACCGCCGUCAACCAAGGUCCAUUGGCCAGCAAGGAGCACUUUGAUCGUGUCAUGAACUAUUUGGCUGUCGGCCGCAAGGAGGGUGUCAAGGUGUCUCUCGGUGGUGAGCGUCACUCUGACGUUGGCUAUUACGUCCAGCCAACCAUCUUGCAUGAGGUCAACGAUGACAUGUGUGUUGCAAAGGAGGAGAUCUUUGGACCAGUGGUCUGCAUCUUCAAGUUCAAGACCGUCGAGGAGGUCAUCAAGCGUGCCAACGACACCGAGUACGGUCUUGCUGCUGGUAUCUUCACAACCAACAUCAACACUGCCCAUCGUGUUGAGAAGAAGUUGAAGGCAGGAACUGUCUGGAUCAAUGAUUACAACUACAUUCACUAUUUGAUCCCAUUCGGAGGAUACAAACAGAGUGGAUUCGGAAAGGACCUCAGUGAGUACGCAAUCCAAGAGUACUGCUCAGUCAAGGCUGUCAUCCUCAACCAUGGCCAGGCAUUGUAA